AUGAAAUAUUACAGUAUGUUCUUUAUAAGAAGGCGGACGUGGGUACUGAAGGCGGUACUUAUUCUGACAGCUCUAUGGUUUACGAUUGCACUGCUGACUACUAAUGGGGGGACGAGAAGCGCUGCUUUGGUGGGGCAACCGCCGAUAGAGUACGAAGAUGCAGAAGCGAAACCGAUUAAGCCAGCAAAGCCUACUGCCUUAAAAAGAAAAAGUGAAGCAUAUAUUAAUAACAUAUCUGAUGGGCCUCAAUCAAUCAAUUGGUUCAAUCGCAUCGUUGCCAGUGAAGGCCUUGGUGUGAUAGCUGCCCCUGGGUCGGUCGAUGCCCCCGGUGAGCUUGGCAAACCGGUCAUAUUGCCGAAGAACCUGACCGACGAUGCGAGGCAAGCAGUAUCUGAAGGCUGGAAAAAGAAUGCCUUCAACCAGUAUGUUAGCGAUCUCAUAUCAAUUAAGAGGAAACUACCGGAUCCAAGAGAUGAAUGGUGCAAGACGCCGGGAAGAUACCUAGAUAACCUUCCACAAACAUCUGUAGUAAUAUGUUUCCACAACGAAGCGUGGUCUGUGUUACUUAGAACUGUGCAUUCAGUCCUGGAUAGAUCACCUGAACACUUAAUUAAGGAAAUCAUACUUGUUGACGACUUCUCGGAUAUGCCUCAUUUGAUGCAACAACUAGACGAUUACAUGUCUGCUUUACCCAAAGUACGAAUAGUUCGAGCAACUCGACGAGAAGGACUUAUUAGAGCCAGACUUCUUGGAGCGAAAUAUAUCACCGCACCUGUUCUGACUUAUCUUGAUAGUCAUUGCGAAUGUGCCGAAGGAUGGCUCGAACCACUUUUAGAUAGAAUUGCUAGAAAUAAAACAACAGUUGUAUGUCCAGUUAUCGAUGUUAUAGACGACAACACGUUGGAGUUUCACUAUAGAGAUUCAACGUCAGUUAAUGUUGGUGGGUUCGAUUGGAAUCUUCAGUUCAAUUGGCACCCAGUACCACCUAGAGAGCGAGCAAGGCAUUCCCAUACAGCUGAACCCGUUUGGUCUCCUACAAUGGCUGGAGGUUUGUUUGCAAUCGACAAGGAAUUCUUUGAGAAAUUAGGAACUUAUGACAGUGGUUUUGACAUUUGGGGAGGAGAAAACUUGGAGCUAUCUUUCAAAACUUGGAUGUGUGGCGGAUCACUGGAAAUAGUGCCCUGUUCUCAUGUUGGUCAUAUAUUUAGGAAACGAUCGCCUUACAAGUGGAGAACGGGUGUAAAUGUGUUAAAGAAAAAUUCAGUUCGAUUAGCAGAGGUUUGGCUUGAUGAUUAUUCGAAAUACUACUAUCAACGCGUUGGUAACGAUAAAGGUGACUACGGAGACAUCAGUAGUAGAAAAGCUCUCCGAGAAAAGCUGGGAUGUAAAUCGUUUGAUUGGUACCUGAAGAACAUCUAUCCUGAGCUGUUUAUUCCUGGAGAAUCAGUAGCUAAUGGCGAGAUCCAGAAUGGAUGGUCGGAAAUGUGUAUCGACUCGCCUGCGGCUCCCGAGGAUCUCAAGCGCCCAGUCAACGUUUGGCCUUGUCACGGCGAGUACGGCAACCAGUACUGGAUGUAUUCAAAAACCGGUGAAAUUCGCCGAGAUGAGACUUGUUUGGACUACUCCGGUCGAGAUGUCGUCUUGUACCCUUGUCAUGGCGCCAAGGGUAAUCAAAUGUGGCUAUAUGAUCCCGGGACGAAGUUAAUAAAACACGGUUCCAGUGAAAAGUGCAUGGCCAUAAAUAAGGCUAAAGACAAGAUCGUAAUGGAGGCAUGUAACGAGGAAGAACCUCGACAGAUGUGGAAGAUGGAGAACUUCAACCCUGACAGACUAUCACCUGAACUAACGGCCGAGUAGCCAGAGGCCUAUGAUGAGGUGUUGUUCAUAUAAAACACUCUCAAAAACUAAAGACUCGAUAUUGCGAGAACCUAAAAAGACAACGUUGAAAUUUUGUGCGUGACUAGUGUUACUCUAACUCACUUGUUAAUGAACGCAUCGCUUGAUUCAAGUUUUACGUGACCUAAGUGUACCAUAAUAUUUUCUUAUAGUGAAUGGAGCCGGAAUGUCGCUUACGAGUGAAUUAUAUUUUAUAUUUGGGCGUGUAAGUGUAAAAAUUAAAAAUGUAGAUUCACUUGUUAACCCCAUGUUCACUGGACUAGGCCUAAAUUUAAACGGACAGACUUUGUUUAAUGUUAAGUUUCUAAAUUCACGUGUUUCUAAUAUAUUUUCAAUAUAGAGUUAGAUAACUUAAUUGCUGCCGAGUGUAAAAUUUUAUCAAUUUUUAGAAAUCCUGAAUAAGGGAUAGUGGUUUAUAUAUUCGUUUUAUUUGAAACAUUUAUUAUUGUUUUUUGUUCUAAAAUUUUAUUGUAUUUGUACAAAAUUAAAUGUGCUACAAUAGUAUUCGCUAUUAAAAUAUGUUAUUGUACUAAAUAGAUUUUCGUAAAAAUAUCAUUCUGUACAUAUCUUACUACCUAAGUAUGUAUUUAUUAGACUAAAUAAAAAGCAAUGUAUGUAUUUAUCAGAAAUUAUUUUGUUGUAAUUGCUUGUUUGACGUAGUAUUAAUUAUGUUGGAUUUUGUUGAUGUUGUAGGAUUACACAAAAAGUGUAGUAACACUUUAAGUUAACAUUAUACACUAGAAGACUGCGUGUAGCGGGAACCAACGAUUCGACAUCUAAAUGGUUCUCUUUACUAUACAUUUUGUUAUCGAAUAGUAAAAGGAAAAAUGCUAUCAUAUUUUGGAAAUGCUAUCAAAGUACUUCGAUACGUUGAAAGUACGACUCAACGAACAUCCACAGCCCGAUGUCACUCGCUGCUAGGACCUCGCGUAAUUUGUGCCAUCCACUAUGAUUUUGCGCUAGUCUCAUCUACGAUCCGCUACUCCGUUGUAGUCUACUCAUCUGCUGCAAAAAUUUUCCACGUUUCUGUAAUAUUUUUUUAUCUAUCAUUCGGUUGUCACUUUAUUCCAUCUGUCAGCACUAGUGGUCAGUUAAUCGGAUGCUUAUUUACAUACAAUCAGGUUGCUCGCUUACGUGGAAUACGCUGUUGUAUCGAAAAAAUCCCGCGUCUCAUGCUUUGACGAAAUUAUGAAGUAUUAAGAAAAGAAAUUGUAAUUUUAAUCACCAUCGUACGAUCGCAUAAGUUUAAAUCGGACACUUCUAGCUGUACAAAGCAUUGAGAUCCAGUAUAGAGAGUAUAUUCUUGCUCGUCACCUUAAGCUUUAUAGUGAGCCAAAAUCUUAGGUAUUGAAAAUCAUAACAUGUCACGGUAUUCUAGCAACCCGGGAUUUGAAAAAAUAGAAAAUAUAUAUUUUAAGAAGCCUUUUCCAAAUUUCGACAGUAAUUCACGAGUACUUUAGGUAUAAAAGCAAGCUAAUAUCCGACCACCUAGCUCCAUUUGAGCUUCUAUGUGUUGGACUUUAGUUCGACUUCGGAUUUUGUAAUUCGGAUGUUCAUUCCAAGGAUCUCUCUCCAACUUUCAUUACGUGAGGCUGUGUAAAGUGCUUCUGUGUGAAGGCACUAUCUCGGAAGGAGAGUAAGUAUGCACAUAUACAUAUAGGUUCUGAAUAUCAAAGAAGUGUAAUUAAAGAUUUACUACAUUUUUUGUAAAGUAUGUUACUUGUGAUUACAGAUCACCAUUGUUUCCUAUAAAAAAUAUUUUUAUGACAUCAGAUUUUAUUUUAGACUU